AUGAUUGCCACUGACCCUAAAAUGAAGAAAGACGCCGAACGAGAAGCCCUACGGGCUGUCAUACAACAAUGGAAUGCCAAUCGUCUGGAUCUCUUUGAAUUAUCCGAGCCCAACGAAAACCUUGAAUUUCACGGGGUUAUGAGGUUUUAUUUUCACGAUUCCGGUCAAAGGAUCGCCACCAAGUGCAUAAGAGUUGCUUCCGAUGCCACCGUGACAGCCGUCAUAGAAACUUUAAUCGAGAAAUUCCGUCCGGACAUGAGAAUGCUUUCGGUACCCGAAUAUGCUUUGUAUGUCACGCACGAGAACAGAGACGAAAGAAGACUGAAUCCGGACGAGAAACCUCUGUUGAACCUUGAAUUUCACGGGGUUAUGAGGUUUUAUUUUCACGAUUCCGGUCAAAGGAUCGCCACCAAGUGCAUAAGAGUUGCUUCCGAUGCCACCGUGACAGCCGUCAUAGAAACUUUAAUCGAGAAAUUCCGUCCGGACAUGAGAAUGCUUUCGGUACCCGAAUAUGCUUUGUAUGUCACGCACGAGAACAGAGACGAAAGAAGACUGAAUCCGGACGAGAAACCUCUGUUGGUACAAUUGAAUUGGCACAAAGACGACAGAGAGGGAAGAUUUUUACUCAAAAGAAUAGAUGACAAAACGAAAAUGCCGUCCGACAGCUUUCAAGAAUCGAGCUUUCGUAGAAAAUUAUCGAAAAGGGAAAAGAAACAAAUGAAAAAACAAGAGAAAUUAAAUAGAUUGAAAAGUAGCGGAGAUGCCGAUGAGGGAAGCGUGGCCGAGAAAUUAUACACAGAGUUACCAGAAACUAGUUUCACUCGGUCCAUAUCGAAUCCAGAGGCUGUGAUGCAAAGGAGGAGACAGCAAAAGUUGGAGAAAAAACUACAGCAAUUCAGGAGCAAGGAUGGAGGACCCGACACCGGGGGAACGUUGAAAAUAUACGGCGAAGCACUUUGCGGUGACGUUCCGUACAAAACGUUACUCUUAUCCGUUGGCGACACGACAACUCACGUCGUAAAAGAAAUGUUGAGCAAAUACGGAAUGGACAAGGAGGACGCUCACAAUUAUUGUUUGGUUCAAGUGAACACGGGAGAUCCAUUGGGUCCGACGGAAUACAUAUUGGACGAAGACGAGUGUCCACUUGCAAUAUUAAUGAAUCAUCCGUCGACGAGCGGUUCAAUAAUGUUUCACGUGAGACGUCGUCCCGCGGAUUAUCAUCCGAGAAAGCGUAAAAAGAAACCGCAGCAAAAAUGGCAAAGAGAUGUCGAUGGAAAAUACGAAGAUGGACUUCCAUUUUUUCUCGAACUUAAUCCGGACGGAAGCGAAAUCAUGUCUGGAACGGCUAAACGUCACGUACUUCAUCCGAACGUGACGGAAGUCGGUUUGGAAAGAACGGGAGGUCCGAAUCUUCAAUUGUUCGGACCCAAUAUACAGCCCCGUCACUGCGUCAUUGCUCACACUGACGGUCUAGUAACCGUCACGCCAUGUUCAAGAGAUGCAGAAACUUAUGUUAACGGACAAAGAAUAUACGAAACAACGAUUCUUCAGAACGGUGCCGUUGUCAAAUUUGGAAGGAUUCACAAUUUUCGAUUUAUCGAUCCGAUGGGAGAUGAUCGGACGGGACGAAACAGACAUCCGGAAUUCGGAUACGACAGGUUGUCGAAAGACGACAACAACACAUUGGUUCAUCCGUCAAACAGUAAUUUAACAAAUUACGAGACGACAUUCGACGUCGACGGUAACGUCGAAACCGUAUCACUCAAAGACAUGGAUUCAAGGUCGCAAAGGAGCAUAGCGAGUUCGAGAGAUGGAAACAGGCUGUCAAAUUACGAAAGGUAUCCCAGGGGCAGUGACCCCAUAUUACCAGCUGUUUUGGAAAUCCGCGAAGAUGCCGAAGAAGCAUUUUUACACUCCGUAAUCAUCGACCUUGAUCCAAACGUUCCGGCUUUUAAGUUGGCACCAACGUAUACUCUAUAUUUGACUGCAAGAUACAGAGCGUCCACUCACUACAGACCGGAACUCACUCCGACGGAAAGAGCUCAUCGUCUAACGGUUUUGCUCGCGAGGAUAGCUUCAAUGAUACAGCACGUGGUUCAGGAACGAUAUUCGGAACCGAAAUCACUCGCUUUUUGGAUGGCCAACGCCUCGGAAUUGCUUCAUUUCCUCAAAUGCGACAGACACAUAUCCGCUUUUUCCCUAGACGCUCAAGAUAUCUUGGCUGAAAGUGUUCAAAUAGCUUUUAGAAAUUUGGUUGCGUGCCAUCAAGGUGAAUUGACUUCAGCCAUGUCGCAUUUCUUAUCGGAAAGAGACGAUGCUCCGAACACAGUUUUGCUCGUCUUAUCAUCGGCCAUGGCUCUUUUGCGAAGGUGUCGCGUCAACGCGGCUCUUACGAUACAAUUAUUUUCCCAAUUGUUUCAUUUCGUUAAAAUGAUGGCGUUUAACAAAAUUGUCACUUCGCCCUCUCAGCCUCAGGGCAUCAAUUACUGCAGUCGUGCAUGGGGAAUCCGACUCAAAGAAAGAGUUUCGCAAUUGGGCACGUGGGCCGAACGUCAGGGAUUAGAAUUGGCUGCAAAUUGUCAUUUAGGACGAUUAGCAGAAGCGGCUUAUUUGUUAGAGGCUCCCAAAUAUAACGCGAACGAUUUGGCGCAACUCAGUUCGACGUGUUUGAAAUUGAAUUCUCUACAACUUAGAGCAUUGUUGAGAGGAUAUCAACCGCAGCACGACGAACCUAAGCUUCCUUUAGAAUUAAUUGAUAACGUCGUGCACGUCGCAGAGAACGUGGCAGACGAGUUAGCGAGGUCGGACGGUCGCGAAGUGAAAUUAGAAGAAGACGUCGAACUUCAACUUCCGUUUUUGCUUCCCGAGGACGGUUACAGUUGCGACGUGGUUCGAGGCGUUCCUCAAGGUUUGACAGAAUUUUUACAACCUUUGCAAUCGGCGGGACUUUGUCGAAUGAACGUGCAACCCACGUCGAGCGGUCAGUGGACGAUUUAUAUGACGGAACCGAUGACUAAUUUGAGAAGUCCGAGUGCUAUGAGCAACAGAUUGCCGGCGACUCAACAACCGUUGGAAAUUCAAACGAUUCGUUUGCACAAAUCAAACAACGGAAUGGGCCUCAGCAUCGUGGCUGCCAAGGGUGCAGGCCAGGAUAGACUUGGAAUUUAUAUAAAAUCCGUGGUUGCCGGAGGAGCAGCAGACGUCGACGGAAGACUACAAGCCGGAGAUCAACUUUUGAAAGUCGACGGUCAAAGUUUGGUUGGAAUCACUCAAGAAAAAGCUGCCGAAUAUUUAGUUAGAACGGGACCUGUCGUCACAUUGGAAGUAGCAAAACAAGGAGCCAUUUAUCACGGUUUGGCAACACUUCUUUCGCAGCCGUCUCCCCUCAUGGCGAGAGGGCCUCGUCGUAUGAGCGAAAGAGAUCUUCCUUCACGUUUACACUCCGAAGAUGCCAAAAAACAACAAUUGCCACCUCACGCCCCCAUACAAAGUUCGAAAAGCGUUCCGUCUCUUCACAGUGCGCAGGGUCCCGAACCACGACAACAAGAAGUUUUCAAUCCGGGUUACAGCAGAACUUCGAGCACGAAUAGCAUACCGCAAAGCGCAUUGAGAUCGAGGUCGAAUCAAAAUCUGAGCGAAAUGCGUCCUCCUCCGUCGAAAAGUGUCGCGACUUUGCAAAGCGGUUCCCUUUAUCCGACGCAAUCGACUCCGAGUCUUCAUCAGUCUCAAAAUUAUUCCGGACAACCCGGAUAUUCGAACCAAAGUGCACUCUCAUACACGGCCAAUAAUUCGGGUUAUCAACCCGAUGCCACACCGACGAGUAAUUAUCAGGGCUCGAUGAACGCGUCCGUAACGAGUCCGUAUUCGAACAAUCGUACAAAUCCAAACUACACAACGCCCGUCAGCAAUUCAUCGUCCUCCUACGUAGCGUCUCCCCCGAUGGGAAAUCAUUACCCGAAUCAUCCCGCUGACGGUCAAUAUCACAGCACUCCGAAUUCGAGUCAGACCGUCGUCAAUAAUCAGUAUUCGAUGCAGCAAGGUAACGCGAAUCCGAGCGGUGGAGGUGGUAGUGGCGGUGGAGGCGGCGGCGGCGGUCCUUAUCACGGCGCACCGCCUAUGAAUCAGUAUCAAGGCAACAGUCCCGGAAACGGGAAUCACUAUCAGGGCUCACACGGAGGCGGUCAAUAUUUGGGAAAUUCUCACAACGCGUCGUAUCAGGGACCUCCGAGCACUUAUCACUAUCCGGGAAAUCAGUAUCAGGGAACGGCGGGACCUCACAACGUUUAUCAACAGUAUCAAAGUCCUCCCGGGAAUUUUGCCGGAACGAACAAUCAUCAUCAGGGAGACAGCGAAAGAUUUUAUCAAAAUUUAAGCGUGUACAGAAAUCAAGAUGGCUACGGGAAGAAUAAAAUUUUACCGCCCGAAGACAGACAAGAAGCCAAAUUUCAAGAAAUGACGGAAGAAGUUCGCCGACGAGAAUUGAGAGGUGGUCCGCCCCCGGGUCGACCCAACGUGUCUUUCGGUCCUCCACCGGUCGCUCCCAAACCCCUGAUCGGUGAGGAAUACAGGGAAAGUCCACCACCGCCGCCUCCUCCGACGACGACUCAUCCCUUAUUGCAAAAAGCCAACAGCACUCCCGAUAAUCGGUAUCAGGCGUCUCUCAGCGAACCGCCGCGCGGUGGGUACUACCCCGCUUCAUCUGGUGACAGACGACAAUAUCCGUACACGGGUACGAAUCCGUGGGAGAGAGAAGAAAAAGAAAAAGUACGUCCCAAAAGACGAGAAGCGGCGAGACAAUGGCGAGAACAACAAAUAGCCGAAUUAAGCAGCAUACCGUCGCGAACGUCUCAACAAGAGGAACAACUCAGAGCAUUGAUUUUGGAAAAAGAAUUUGAAAAAAGAGCGGAAGAAGCGAAACACGAAGACGAGGACGAGGGAGAAGAUGAAUCCGCGGUCGUGGUACGAGAAUUCGAAAAUCGAUCAAGCAGCGAACGCGUACAAAAUUUACUCCGAAUGGCUCAACAUCAAAACGGUCCGAUAAUUCGUCCCGCGACGGCUUCCAUAGCUCAAAUGAAACUGGAAGAAGUUCGACGUCAACACGCUCAAGGUCAAACUUUGAAUCUUCGAGUGAAUCAUUCGAAACCUCCGCCACCGAUGAACGUGAACGUGAACGUGAACGAUUUGCGAUUCGAAAACCUUUCCGUGAACGACACGCAUCAUCUCUAUAACGAUUACAUGGAAGAAAAACACAACGGAAAUCACGCGAUGGAUCGGAGUCCGUCAUAUCCGAGUCCGAUGCCAAACAACGUCGGAGUACUGAAGAGUCCGAUAAAUCCGAUGACGGUGCAACCGACGAAACGUGUGUCGUUCAGCGAUCCGAACGCGAAUCAAAUAUCCAAUCACAACAAUCUAAACAACACGUACAACAACAUUAACAAUAACAACAACAACCACAACAGUAGUAGUAGCGGAGGCGGCGGCGGCAGCAACAACAGCAACCACCACCACAACAGCAGUAGCAACAACAACAAUAAUAAUAACAACAGCAUGGAGAAAAUAAUUGAAGAUCCGAACAAUUUUAUAAACGAAGCUGAAAAUCUUCUUCAGUCACCGAAAACACCCGAAGGAGCUCCGUCGUUUGCCGGUAACACACCGGGGGUCAUAGGUGCUCAGGAAGUGUACAGGGAUCCAAGGCAAAGGUUACUCGCCGAACAAAAGCAAAAUUCAACGCCCAAAGUUCCAGGACCGGAAAAAUUGAGUUUCAAGGAAAAGAUGAAAAUGUUUGCGAUGGAAACGGGAGAAGAUGGAACGCCGAGAGACAAAGUGAAAAUUUCCAGAGCUCAGAGAGACAUUGACAACAUAUCGAGUCCUCUCGGCAACAGUUAA